AUGGCCGAUCAACUCACCGACGAGCAGAUCUCCGAGUUCAAGGAAGCCUUCAGCCUCUUCGACAAGGAUGGCGAUGGUUGUAUUACCACCAAGGAACUUGGAACUGUGAUGCGGUCACUUGGGCAGAACCCAACCGAGGCUGAGCUGCAGGACAUGAUAAAUGAGGUUGAUGCUGAUGGGAAUGGUACCAUUGAUUUCCCUGAAUUCCUGAACCUCAUGGCACGCAAGAUGAAAGACACCGAUUCGGAGGAGGAGCUGAAGGAGGCAUUCCGCGUGUUCGACAAGGACCAGAAUGGUUUCAUCUCCGCUGCAGAACUCCGCCAUGUGAUGACCAAUCUGGGCGAGAAGCUGACGGACGAGGAGGUUGAUGAGAUGAUUCGCGAGGCAGACGUUGACGGAGACGGGCAGAUCAACUAUGAGGAGUUUGUCAAAGUCAUGAUGGCCAAGUGA